GAUUUUAGUAAAAAAAAACACACACACAAAAAACGUUUCUAUUAUAAGCGUUUAGUUUAAUUAGAUAAUGGGAAAUGAAGAAAGUCAAUUUCAGAAUAAUCCACAACAACAUCAAUAUCAACAAAAUCAAGCUAGAUUGAAUUCUAGCUUUUUAAAUUCUAUUGGUGGUGGUGGAAACGAUAAUUUUCAACAUUUGCAACACCAACAACAACAACAACAACAACAAUCGAGCAAUAUGAAUGUUUUAUCAUCAAUGACAUCAAAUCUGGCUCAAAAAGCUGCCGGUAAUGCCAAUCAAACUGGAUCAAUGUUCAAUUCAAUUGGACAAUUAUCAACAUCAUUUCCAAAUAGUAUUAAACCAAUGAAUCAAUUAAUUAAUCAAUUUCAUCCAGGAUCAUUUCCUGGUAUUGGCGGUAUUGGACCUAGAUCUACUGGACCAGGACCACCGACAACAAAUACGAUGACAAAUUCUAUGCCCAAUAAUACCUCAUCAUCAUUAGGAUCUAAUGUAGCAACAGCAACAAAUAUGACAGCUAAUACAACAAUAGCAAAAUCUCCAAUACCUUCACAAGUGCCCGAAGUUGAUCUAAGUGGUUUGACUGAAGAGGAAAAACAAAUGAUACAAUCUGUAAUGGCUAGAGCUCAACAGGAUACACAAAGUUCAAUGCCACAUACACCACAGGCUCCAGUAUCAGCAUCAUCAUCAAAAAUAUCGUCAACAGCAACAACAACCACAACACAACAAUUGUCAUCAUCAUCAUCAGCAGCAGCGACAUCAACGGCAAUGCAUCAACAACAACAACAUCAUCAUUCACAUCCACAAACUUCAUCAAUAAUGCCAUAUUCUAAUGAAAUGCAAAAACAACAACAACAAUUAUCAAGAAAUGGACAACAAUUUGGUUCACAGCAACAACAACAACACCCACAACCACAACCACAACCACAAUCAAAUUCUCAACAACAAUUUAACAUGAUGGCUACAAAUUCGAUGCCAAUAACAUCAACAUCAUCGAUUACAAUGGCAACAACUGGAUCGUAUCAGGAACAACAACAACAACAAAGACAAAUGGGUGGUGGUGGUGGUGGUAGUGGUGGCACUGGACAACAACAACCAAACAGUAAUACAAUGAUGAUGAUUACAUCCUGUUCAAUAUGCCAUAGAGAUAUAGAACAAAAUUUAUUGAUCAAAUGUAGUGAUUGUUUUAAAAUGUUUUGCCAACAAUGUGGACAACAAGAUUCAAAUAGACAGAUACGAUGUUGUAUUGAAUGUUAUAAAAGACGACAAAUGUUACCGCCUAGUCUAGUGCCUCCACCAUCAGUAUCAUCAACAACAUUAUCAUCAUCAACAACAUCGAAUUUAAAUUCAUCAAAUUUAAAUCAACAACAACAAAUACAACCGUAUUCAAAUCAAAUUAUGCCACAAACAUCAACAGCUACAACGAAUAUGAAUUCAUUCGAACAACAAGCAAUUAUUCAACAACAAUUAAAUUCACAAAAUAUUCCAUCAUCUAUGGCUCAAGAUAAUAGUUAUUAUCAACAACAACAACAACAGCCAGGUUUAGGACCACAACAACAGCAACAACAACAAAAGCAGCCAAAUAUUUACAAUAAUCAAAAUGAUGGUACAAUUAAUCAACAAUCUAGCUCAACAAUGAUGAAUAUGGCUGGUAAUAAUAAUCAAAUGAUUGGGCAGCCAUCCUUAAUAAAACAACCAACAACAACAAUGAUGCCAAAUACUUCGAUUCAAUCUAUACCAAAUGCACAACAACAACAACAACAACAACCAUUCAUACAAACACAUGCAAAUAUGAAUUAUACAAAUCAACAGGCGACAAAUGUAACAAAUCAACAAACACAAUUACAACAAACAGGAAUUCAUGGACAACAACAAUUUAUGGAUCCAACAAAUAGAACAAAUUUAUUAUAUAAUCCAGAUGGAACCAUACAACAGUCUCAUCAGCAAUCAUCAAUGAAUCAGAAUCAAGCACUUAUGCAGCAACAACAGCAGCCACAAUCGAUGAUUCAACAGAAUACAUCAUCAUUAACAAAUCAAAAUUGCCUAAAUCAGUCUUCCGAAAUGAUUGAUGUAUAUGGUCAACCGAUUGUCAAUCGGUCUAUUCAAGGUCCACAACAACAACAAAAUUUUUCAAUGGGACCACAACAAAUUUCAGCAACAACAACAACAACAACAACAACAGCAACAACAACAAAACCAAUGCAUCAGCAGCAUGUUCAUCAAUUAAUUACUACCGGAACUGGUAGUAUGAUGACAGAUACGAUGAAUUCAUUAUCACAACAGCAGCUACAGCAGCUGCAGCAACAGCAACCAACACAAUUAACAAUGAUGGUUCAACAAAAUGUUCCGGGAACUCAAGCAGGUAAUCAGCAGCAGCAACAACAACAACAACAACAACAACAACAACAGCCACAACAGCAAACAUUUGAUAUGAACAAUCCAUCAAUGUCGAUGAUGAUAACAUCACAGCAAUCAAAACAACAAGAUCAACAAAAUAUGGCUAAUAUGAGUCUUAAAAUGAAUUCUCAACAACAACAACAACAACAUCCACCGCAAUCAAAUAUGUCGAUAAUGGGAACACAAAUGGAUGAUACACAACAACAGCAACAACAAUUGUUGAAUAAUUUCAAUCGUAUGGAUAUGGAUCAAUCUACAAUGUAUCUAUUGCAACAAGAUAUAUCGAUGGCGAAUCCAUUGUUAUCACAACAACAACAACAACAACAACAACAACAUUCAAAUCAAAUGUCAAUGAUGGCUGGUAUGAAUCCAGCAAUACAAUCACAAUCAGGAUUUUCUCACCAACAUGAUCAGAAAAUGGACAGUCGAUUUAUGAAUAAAACAAUGUUUCAAUCACAACAACAACAGCCUAAUUUGAUGCAAUCGAUGAAUAAUAGUUUGACUGGUUGUAGUAAUCAAACUACUGAUCCAUUUAUGCAACAAAAUUCAAAUCGACAAAUUUCACAACAAAAACAACAAUAUCAACAAUCAUCUAUAGGACAAAUAAAUCAGAAUUCAACUGGAACCGGUAGCAAUGUAACAUAUGGCAUGUCAUCAUCAUUAAAUGCUGGUGGCCAACAACAAAUAAAUCAGCAAAAUGAAUUGUUUGGUCCAAUGUCCAAAUCAAUGAUUAAUAAUCAAUCACAGCAGCAGGAACUACCACUGCCAUUAUCAUCAUCAUCAUCAUCAUCAAUGAUCAAUAGUACAAUGCAUCGUUCAAUGCCCUUAUACAAUAUGGCUGGCCAAUUACAGCAACAACCGCCGAAAAUUGUCGAUAAUAAUAAUAAUAAUAAUAGUGGACAAAUAGAUUUUCAUCAUUCUCUUAUUUCAUCAUCCGCACAACAACAACAUCAUGGAAUAACGAUGAAUCGUUUGAAUCAAUCGACAACACAAUCUAGAGAGUAUCAACAACAGAAUCAUCAAUUAAAACAACAGCAAAUGGCAGCAACAUCAUUGGAUCAACAACAAGGAGGAUGGCAACAUUCUACAGAAUUAUCUCCCAUUUUAGAUGUUUCACCAUCGAUCGAAGCUGCUGAAGCUCAGGAAAUUCUUGAAAGACGUCGUAAUACAUUUCAAACAACUGCUCGAAAUACAACCACCAAUCUAAGAAAUGAUAUGACCAGUAUUAGCGGAAUGAUUGAUGACUUUAAUCGAGCGAUCGAAACAUUAAGUUUGAAUCAAAGCGGCAGCGGAAUUGACAUCAACAACAGUAUUGGUAGUAGUGGUAAUAAUAAAAAUAAUCAAACUAGAAUCGAUGGUGGCACGAAUAAACAACUGAACAAAUUUAGCUUGUCAUCAUCAUCAUAUCAGAGCUCAAACAGUAAUAAUAAUAAUAAUAAAUCAAUGUUGACAAGAAGAGCUAGUACCGGAACAGCUGAAAUGAAUUAUGAUCAAUAUCAUCCAAUUAUUGGUAGUGGAAAACAGAAUCGUAUUAUACCGAACAUUUCUUUGACAAACAAUGCUGAUGAUAUGAAAAAAAUUGAUUCAACAUUGACCCGUACAUCAUCAGUGUCAACAACAACAACAACAACAACAACAACGACAACGACAACGACAACAAGCAAAACGGGAAUAAACACAACUGGAAAUAUUCUGAAUACAUCUACCGACUUGGAAUCACUAAAACAACAGAAAACAUUAUUGGCAACAAAUACACAGAUCGAACAACAUUUACAGAAACAGCAACAAAUCCUAAUACAACAACAGCAGCAAUUUUUGCAAAUUCAGCUAGAACAACAACGAUUACAGAAUCAAUUACAAGAAAAGAAGGCUCAAUUGGAACGACAACAACAGCAUAAAACAAACAAUGAUAAUGUUAAUGCCAAUAAUCUAGGUCAAAAAAAUAAUUAUAAUAAUAAUGAUAAAAUGGUAACAAAAUUAAGUGAUAAAAAUCGUGAAAUUGCCGUUAAUACUGAUGAUCAAUUGGUCAAUAAUAAUAAUAAUCAUCAUCAUCAUCAUCAUCAUCGUGGACAAACAUCGAUAGCUACAAAACAAACAACAUUAUUGUCAAAAAAAGAUAAACAAGUUUCGACUAUUUCAACACCACCUCCAUCAUCAAACGUAACGAUUCAGCAACAAUCAUCGGCCAUUGUAAAUGUUCGGGCAUUAGGUCCAAUGGAUCAAUCAUUAAUUGAUCAACGUGAUACAUCUCGAUAUCAUCAUCAUCAACAACAACAACAACAACAAAGAAUUACAUCUUCAUCAAUACAAUCAUCAUCAUCAUCAUCAUUGCAUCGUCGUUUGCCACAUCCAACUGGUGAUGAUAUACUAAAUCAACAGCAACAACAACAAUAUGGCCAAACAAGUCGACCAUCAUCAUCGAUUACUACAACAAGCAUAUCGCAACGUUCUGGUUCUCCUAAAAUGACUACUCGUAAAAUUAAUCCAAAUACUAGGAUUACAUCAUCAUCGGUUACAUAUCGUCCUACCAAUGUGGCCAUCAGUAGUACAGCAGCAGCAAAUGUAAACACCAGCAAAAAUACAUCCGUUUCAAAUGUUAGUUCCAUAUUGGCACAGAAAAAAGAAUCAUUUGUUGCUAAUAAAGCAUCAAAAUUGUUUGGUUUACCUAUCGGAUGUGGAAUACCCGCGUCUACAUCAGCUAAUGAACGGACUGCAUUCAACACUUUAGGCUAUUUAGAUUUGGAUACUAAAAAUGUUUCAUUUGAAAUGAGUACAAGUGGUAAAAAUAAACGACGAAAACUUCCAGAAGUGCCAAAAGAUGAAGAACCAAUAUCCUCAAUGAUCAACACGAAAAAACUUAUUAAGGAAAAAUUAAGUGGACGAAAUCCAUUGGCACGUAGUGCACCACCACUAAAAUCAUCAUCAUCAUUAGAUAGUUCAUUCGGUAUUGGCCUAUUAGGUGAUUCGAUCGGUAGUUGUGGUGGUCAAUCAAUAGCACCACCACCUAGACCACAAUCACCAUAUUCAUCAAAUUCGGAUAUAACUCAUUUUCUUGCCUCAACAUAUGGACGUCAUCAUUUAUUGAAAAGUCCUACAAAUACCGAUAUUGCCAAAGUGACUAAUAAACAAUAUAGAUCUGCAUCCGAACAUAAUGCAUCCAAAUAUGAACAUCAUCAUCAUCAUGGUAGUAAAAUAAUGACAUCGGCCAAUUUUGCUAAUGAAAUCAAAAAUAUUCAACAAAAAAUUCUUGAAGAAUUGAAAACUGGAGAAUUAGCUAAUUCAUCGAAUUUUCUGUUGAAUAAUAAAAAAUCUAAUUCAACGAAAAUUAAUAAUUUAACUGGUGUCAAUACGAUUGGUUCUGAUUAUCAAAGUUAUCGAAGUUUAUUAGACAAUAGCUUAUUGGAUAAUAAUAGUCCUACGGCAGGAUAUAUUCGUAAUUAUCAUCUGUCAAGAAAUAUGAACAACUGGCGUAAUACCUUGAAUAUGACAAAUCGAUAUAAUCGUAGCCAUUAUCCAGGUGCUGGUGUAAAGAAUAAUAUUUUUAAAUCAUAUGAAUAUGAAUCAUUGAAUCCUGUUCGUUAUGGUGAUGAUAAAUAUCGUCUUACACGUCCAAUGUCAUCAAUUUUGUUUCAUGAAAAUUCUGCAUCAGCUAACACAGCAAACGCCAGCUUUAGAGAUCCAUUAUUACAUGGAAAUCAACGUACAUUACAGGAUCUAUCGCCAUUACGAUUUUCUCAAUUGUCUAAACAUCAUUCUAAGUAUGACCGACUGAAUUCAUUAUAUCGCAAAUAUGAUUUGGCUACGACUACCAGCCAUUUACCAUUCGAUAUGAAUCGUUAUGGCCAGAAUCGUGAUCUAUACGGAAUCAAUGAUGGUAUUAAUAAUCGUGAUUUAAAAAAUUCAUAUACCUCACGUUCAUGGCAUCCAUCUCCAUAUGUUUCAGACGUAUCAGAUGAUGAAGAUUUUGAUCAGGAUCUUAGUGUUGAAGAAAAAACAGCUAAAGUUCGUGCUGAAAUCAAACGACGUCGUCAACGUUUAGCCGAUUCUGAUCGUCUAUAUAGACAUUAUUCAUUUGAUGAUUAUAAUUUUCUCAAUAAUGAACGUUCAUUAUUAGAUGAUCCACUUGAUUCAUCAUUCAACUAUCUAAUUUCACAAUCAUCCGAUCAUUCUCAUCAUCAUCAUCAUCACCAGCCUUUCUGUUAUGAUAAAUACACUGGUUUAAAUAAUUAUUCAUUACUUGAAUCUAAAGAAAAAUAUUACAGUGAUGACCUUAAUGCCAAUUCACAUAGUAAUCAUAAGGCUGGUCAUUAUUAUAGUUCCUAUCCUGAUUAUUCAUUAUCUUCAUCAGUAUCAAGACAUCAUCAACAGAAUCGUAUGUAUGAUUCUCGAUUAACUAAUACCGGAUAUGGUCAACAUGAUGAUUUAAAUUAUCAUCAUAUGAAUCCAUAUGGCGCAUCAUCGAUGCCAUUAUUGACUGAACCACAACAACCAGUAAAUUAUCGUACAAGAAAAACAAUGGAUGAUUUUGGUAUCAAUAAUGGCUAUCGUAAUACUGGAUAUGAUAAUACACAUGUUAAUGAAUCGUAUAAUUAUAUGCGAAGUUCGCCAAAAAAAACUCAAUUCGCGCCAAAUUCCACACGUAAUCCAAAAUAUCCAUUUCCGAUCAAACGAAUAUUGUUGACACAAGAUCCAAAAAUACGUUCAAUGGAUGGCGAUGGUCUUGGAUUAAAAGUAAUCGGUGGAAGAGAUAUACCCGGUACUAAUAUGAUUGGAGCUUAUAUUGUGAAAAUUCAUCCAAAUCUAUCAAUGAAUGGAGAGAUACGUGAAGGAAUGCAAGUAAUCGAAUGGAAUGGAAUACCAUUGACUGGUAUUUCACAUGAUGAAGUAUCACGUAUUAUUGCCAAUCAAAUUGGCGAUGAAAUCGAGGUCGUCAUCCGUACUGAUAUUAAUCUAUUACAAGAUCAAUAUGGCCAUUAUAAUAAUAGUAGUAAUAGUAAUAUGGCCCCAGGUCCUCAUCCUGGUUAUUAUGGACCACAGAGUUAUGGUUAUGGACCACCACUACCACCACCUGAUAGUGGUUAUGGUCCACCACCUGGUCCGUCGCUACCAUCAACUUCACAUCCUUCUUGUUAUCCAAACACUGGUUAUGGUCAGCCACAAUCGAUGAAUAUUCAUCAAAAUACGAAACCACCGCCAUUAUCAUCAUCACAACCACAAGUGAUUCUUCAACACAAUCAUCCAGUGGAUGAAAACUAUCCAACGGUCUUUGAUCAAUAUGGAAAUCGUGUUCCACCGCCACUACCACCACCUUCUGUGCUUCCGAUUUCUACUGGACCACCGUUACCGCUUCAAACAGUUACACAUCCUCAUUCAAAUAUAAUUGGUGGUGUACCAAUGGCAGGACCGCCACAUCAUCAACAACAACAUCCGAUACCACCGCCACCACCACCAAUGCAACCACCACAAGGAACAAUGAUACCACCACAGUCAUCAAUGCAUCAUCCACCACCACCACCAUCACGCCCAUAUUGAUUCAAAUCAUUGAUAAAUUGAAAAUUAUAAAGAACCAAAUUUAAUUUUAAACCAAAAAAAAAACCUUAGAUUUUACGUCAAGUGCUUUAUACCUAUCUUUAUCUUUUUCAUUUAUAUUCUAGU